AUGGCCGACCGUCCAGCACCCCUCCGUCUCGGCAGCGUUGCCCCCAACUUCGACGCCGAGACCACCAACGGCCCCAUCAACUUCCACGACUUCAUUGGCGACAACUGGGUCAUCCUCUUCUCUCACCCAGAGGACUACACCCCAGUCUGCACCACCGAACUCGGCGCCUUCGCCAAACUCGAGCCGGAGUUCACCAAGCGCGGCGCGAAGCUGAUUGGCCUCAGCGCCAACACCAUCGAGAGCCAUGGCGGCUGGAUCAAGGACAUCAACGAGAUCUCUGGCAGCAACCUCAAGUUCCCCAUCAUUGGCGACAAGCAGCGCCAGGUCGCUUUGGCAUACGACAUGAUCGACCACCAGGAUGCCACCAACGUCGACUCCAAGGGCAUCGCCUUCACCAUCCGCAGCGUCUUCAUCAUCGACCCAAAGAAGACCAUCCGCCUGAUCCUCUCCUACCCAGCUUCGACCGGCCGCAACACUGCCGAGGUCCUCCGCGUGCUCGACUCCCUCCAGACUGGUGAUAAGCACAAGGUCACCACCCCAAUCAACUGGGUGCCAGGUGAUGAUGUGAUCGUCCACCCAAGCAUCAAGACCCCUGAGGCCGAGAAGCUGUUCCCCAAGAUUCAGAUUGUGAAGCCAUACCUUCGCUUCACUCCUCUGCCAAAGGAGGAGACCUCUGCUGCGUAA